GCCCCGCGCCAGGAGGGUUUGGUUGAGCCGCUGUUUGUGCGCUCGGGGGCCGCGACGGGCGCCGAGGACAGCCGAGCGGACCGAAGGCCAGCACCCUGCCCGCAGCCCCUGCCCCACGCCGACGCCUCGGUGCCUUCCCGGCUCUCCGGUUAGCAGGGCGCACGGCGUCAGCAGCACCCAGGCCAUGACCAGCCGAGGAGCCGCCAGGCCGAACGGGCAGUCCCAAGCCAGUAAGAUCUGUCAGUUCAAGCUGGUGCUGCUGGGCGAGUCGGCAGUGGGGAAAUCCAGCCUGGUGCUGCGCUUCGUCAAGGGCCAGUUCCACGAGUACCAGGAGAGCACCAUCGGCGCGGCGUUCCUUACACAGUCCGUCUGCCUGGAUGACACAACGGUAAAGUUUGAGAUCUGGGACACGGCCGGCCAGGAGAGAUACCACAGCCUGGCCCCCAUGUAUUACCGGGGGGCACAAGCCGCCAUCGUGGUUUACGAUAUCACCAACCAGGAAACGUUUGCGCGGGCGAAGACAUGGGUGAAGGAGCUGCAGAGACAAGCCAGCCCCAGCAUCGUGAUCGCCCUCGCGGGCAACAAGGCCGACCUGGCCAGCAAACGCAUGGUGGAAUAUGAAGAGGCGCAGGCUUACGCAGAUGACAACAGCCUAUUGUUCAUGGAAACGUCGGCCAAGACAGCGAUGAAUGUCAACGACCUCUUCUUGGCCAUCGCCAAGAAGCUGCCAAAGAGCGAGCCCCAGAGCACGAGCGGCGCAGCGGGCCGGAGCCGAGGCGUGGACCUGCACGAGCAGAGCCAGCAGAACAAGAGCCAGUGCUGUAGCAACUAAAGGGCGGCCUCGGCCGGCGCCCGCGCGAGAGGAAGAGCUAAGGUAUAACCUCCAUCCCCGUCCAGCACACCUCACCUCCAUAACGGCACACCGAGAAACCCGUCUGAACCAAAACCCUCCCGAGAGCUCCCUCUAACUGCACUUUUUAAUGCUUCAAAACCACCACCAGACACCCGUCACCACCAUCCCGAUGGCAGUGGAACUAGAUCAGCCGGGGACUUAACUUCCAAGAAAACAAACUCUUCUUCACUUUGUAUUAUAGGUGCAAAUAGCGACCUAAUAUUCUGAUUUCUCCCUCCAUCUUCCUCCCUCUCCCACCUCCCUCUCUGCUUUGGUAAAUCCGGGCUCCCAUUACCAUCUCUCCUUCCCCGCUCCCCGUCAAGCUGGGGUGGGGAGAGGCCCGAGGAGGCGGCAGCAUCAGCCCCGGGGGUUCACGUUGUGGCGAACCAGCUGGAACCAGAGACCUCCGGAAAACGGGAUUUUUCUGAGGGGGUCUGUCAUGGAUUUCUUUUCAAUUUUUUUUUUUUUUUUUUUUUUUUCCCCCCCUCCUGUUUCUUCUGUUUGGCUGUCGGGGGGGAGGAAGGCUGCAGUGUCCUUUAAUUUCUUCCUAGGUGGCCUUUUUUGCUGGAGGAUCGGAAGUGCCUGGGGGCUUUUUGUAGGGGGGAGCGGGGUGACCGCCAGACCCCGCUUGCCGUGGAGCUGCCACGGGUGACCCUGCGCCCAUCGUUACGGCUGCGACCCCCCCCCCGAUUUCUCCUCUUGCUCUGCGGUUCCUCCCCGGGCCAGUGGCGGGCGAGGGCUCUCUGGUUUGCACUUUAGUCGUGAAAAUGUCCCAUUAAGAUGCACCUUGGUUGUUUUUUUUUUUUUUUUGGUUGGUUUUUUUUUUUUUCCUUUUGUUUUGUUUGUUGUUGUUGUUGUUUGUUUGGGUUUUUUUUCCUUUCAGUCCUGUUGGGCCCGAGCCCCCCUGGGGGUGGCGGGGGGUGUGUGGGGGGAAUGGAGGCACCGUGCUGGUUUAGUUUUGCUUCCGCUUCCCCCAAGGAGCUUUUGGGGCUGGAGAAACCCUCAGCUGGGAGAGUCGGGAUGUCACUGGGUGCCAGCAGCUGGGGAAGGGUCCCCCACAGACACCCCCCCUCCUCACGGGGGGGACACACGCAGAUGCCUCUGGCCAGGAUGCCGCAGCACAAGGGGGACACCCCGAUAUGGGACACCCCGAUAUGGGACACCCCGAAGCAACGGCGCAUCUGCAGAGGGCAGCGCUGCAGCCGGGGCCCGAUCCUGUCGCUCCCAGUGCCUGGACUGGGCUUCCUGGGUGUGCCCCCCCCCCGCCCCCCGCCGCCCCGGGGGGGUCCUCUUGCAGGGUAGGGGGGCUCUGGGGAGCCCCCAGGACUUGGGGGUCAGCGUGGGACCCCCCCCCCCCCCACUGCUAUGGGGCGGAGGGACCUGUCUCGUAUGAAGCCCCCCGCUGCGGGGGCAGAGCCUGGGAGGGGAUGAACCCCCUCCCCGCGUGGGGCAGCCCCCCCCGGGACGGUCUUGCUCCCCCCGGGUGGUGUCGGUGCUGCAGCGGGAGCCACGGUUGGGUCUUCUCGUGCUGGUGGAGCCCCCCAAAUCCGUGACUUGUAUUUAACUGGGGGUUGGGGCUGGCAGGGCUGGGCACCCCAUUGCCCCCCCACCCUGGACCAAAUGGGGACACUGCAACUUUUCUCACUCCUUUUCUCCUUUUUUUUUUUUUUUUUUUCUUAUUCUUCUGCUUCUUCUCUGAUACUUUUUUUUUUUUUUUUUGCUUUGAAAAAGCUCCUCCAUUACAUUUAAAUAACAAUCAUGGUAACAGAACUCAACCGCUGAUUUACCGAUGUAUUUAAUGUAAGUAAAACCGAACCAAACAA